AUGCCAUCCAACAAAGCUCGACUAUACGUAGCUCUCUAUGUUCGAGGAGGUGCUGCUAAAAUGCCCGGAGAAGAGGACACAUACCAUUGGGCUCUGCUAGUGGGACCCAAGAGCGACAAAGCCGACGAUGAAGAAAAGCCCGCUACUAUGGCACCGAUGCAGAUGAUUCUGAUUCGAAUCCUGAUUGGCAAAAUUGAACACACAGACAGACUUGCUCAAAUAUUGCAGCAGAUACCUAUCAGGCAGGAACAGCAGGGCUGGAAUUGUGUUUUGUGGAUCAAAGAGGCGCUUUCGGUACUCCAAGCGGCAACGAACGUCAUGGGUACGAGCGUGCUUGACUGGGAAGCUGUUCGCAGUGCAGCUAUGUCCUAUUGCCAGCGAAAGAGAGAUGAGCAUCGCUUUGACGGCACGACAAAUGUCGACACUUCGCGAAUUCCGACCUUUGAUCUGAUCCAAGGAAAGGAAACAAUCAAGUAG